AGCUCUGCCGGGUAUAUUUAUUUUGAAUCCUACAAUCCAGUUUCUCUUUUAACCUGGCUUCCUAAAUCAAGUUGAUAAACCAGUUUAUUUUUCUUCCUCUUCAUUUCAACAACUCAUGAUUUAGAUUGGCUAGGAGGAUAUAUGUAAUCCGGGAACAACCUCUCUCCCUUGCAAUCUGUAUUUUAGAGGCUUCCUCCUUUCCUUGCUGAACGUGCUGAAGUCAGGCAGAGUACCUUGUGAAGGACUUCAGCCCCCACAGUUCCCUGUGUGCGCAUGCCCUCUCUUCUUACAGUUGUCAAAGUGCUUUUGCCAGAGCGGUCACAUAAUCAACCUGAAAGAAGAAAAUAAAUACCGUAUACUUUAAAAUUUUAUCGAUCCUUAAAAACUGGACACUCAAAGCUGCGCAAACCAUGCAGGAUGAUUUACUGAUGGACAAAAGCAAAACCCAGCCCCAGCCCCAGCAGCAGCGGCAGCAGCAGCAGCAGCCCCAGCCCGAGCCCAGCGUAGCCGAAGCCCCGUCCACGCCCCUCUCCUCAGAGACCCCCAAACCGGAGGACAGUAGCGCAGUGCCGGCCCUUAGCCCCGCCGCGGCCCCGCCGGCCCCCAACGGCCCGGACAAGAUGCAGAUGGAAUCGCCGCUCCUGCCGGGCUUGAGUUUCCAUCAGCCCCCACAGCAGCCGCCGCCGCCGCCGCAGGAGCCCACCGCGCCGGGCGCGUCGCUGUCGCCGUCGUUCGGCAGCACCUGGUCCACCGGCACCACGAACGCGGUGGAGGACAGCUUCUUCCAGGGGAUCACCCCAGUCAACGGGACCAUGCUCUUCCAGAACUUCCCGCACCAUGUCAACCCAGUCUUCGGAGGCACUUUCUCCCCGCAGAUCGGCCUGGCGCAGACCCAGCACCACCAGCAGCCGCCGCCGCCAGCACCGCAGCCAGCGCAGCCGGCGCAGCCACCCCAGGCGCAGCCCCCGCAGCAGCGCCGGUCGCCCGCCAGCCCUAGCCAGGCGCCCUACGCGCAGAGAAGCGCUGCCGCGGCUUACGGCCACCAGCCCAUCAUGACCAGCAAGCCGUCUUCGUCUUCUGCCGCUGCGGGCCAAAGCGUGAACGCCGCCUGGAGCGCACCGUCCAACCCGUGGGGUGGCCUGCAGGCAGGCCGGGACCCUCGCCGAGCGGUUGGCGUAGGCGUGGGCGUGGGCGUAGGGGUACCCUCCCCACUAAACCCCAUCUCGCCGCUCAAAAAACCCUUCUCCAGCAAUGUGAUCGCGCCUCCCAAGUUCCCUCGUGCGGCUCCGCUCACCUCCAAGUCUUGGAUGGAGGAUAACGCUUUCCGGACCGAUAAUGGUAACAAUCUGUUACCAUUUCAGGACCGGAGUAGGCCCUAUGACACUUUUAACUUGCACUCGUUGGAGAACUCCUUAAUGGAUAUGAUAAGGACUGAUCAUGAGCCUCUGAAAGGUCGCAUGGGAAUAAAUUUCCACCAUCCGGGAACAGAUAAUAUUAUGGCACUUAACACCAGGAGCUAUGGGCGGAGACGAGGUCGAUCUUCUCUCUUUCCCUUUGAAGACGCCUUUUUGGAUGACAGCCAUGGUGAUCAGGCCUUGUCAUCUGGCUUAAGUUCUCCUACUCGAUGUCAAAAUGGGGAACGAGUGGAACGCUACUCCAGGAAGGUGUUUGUUGGAGGCCUUCCCCCUGAUAUUGAUGAAGAUGAGAUCACUGCCAGUUUUCGCAGGUUUGGACCUCUCGUGGUAGACUGGCCUCACAAAGCAGAAAGCAAGUCAUAUUUUCCUCCUAAAGGCUAUGCGUUUCUGCUCUUCCAGGAGGAGAGCUCAGUACAAGCCUUGAUAGAUGCCUGCCUAGAAGAAGAUGGGAAACUGUACCUGUGUGUGUCAAGUCCCACCAUCAAGGACAAACCGGUGCAAAUUCGACCAUGGAACCUAAGUGACAGUGACUUUGUAAUGGAUGGUUCUCAGCCUUUGGACCCCAGAAAAACUAUCUUUGUUGGGGGAGUUCCACGACCCCUUCGAGCUGUUGAGUUGGCAAUGAUCAUGGACCGUUUGUAUGGUGGUGUCUGUUAUGCUGGCAUUGAUACGGACCCAGAGCUGAAGUACCCCAAAGGUGCUGGCCGUGUGGCGUUCUCCAAUCAGCAGAGUUACAUCGCAGCCAUCAGUGCACGUUUUGUGCAGCUUCAACACAAUGACAUUGACAAACGGGUGGAAGUGAAGCCAUAUGUGCUGGAUGAUCAGAUGUGUGAUGAGUGCCAGGGCACACGCUGUGGUGGGAAGUUUGCCCCGUUCUUCUGUGCCAACGUCACCUGUCUGCAGUAUUACUGCGAAUACUGCUGGGCGAGCAUACAUUCCCGUGCCGGGCGGGAGUUCCACAAACCGCUGGUGAAGGAGGGAGGCGACCGCCCUCGUCACGUCCCCUUCCGCUGGAGCUGAGCCCAGGGCCGACCCAGCCACAAGUACUGGAGUAGAUAACAAGGAGGGAAAAGAGAGGGCACUGCCUCAGGGCUUACAGCGUUCUGGAAAUCUGUGCAUUCGUUCUCGAUUUUUAAAGAAGAAAUGGGUCUUUUUAUUACUAUUAUUAUUAUUUACAGUCAUAUUACUGAACUCAGUGUCCAGUAUAAUGCAAAACUGCAGAGUGUAUAACGGUACUGAUUUGCACUUUGAUUCACACCUUUGUCUGCUUGGUACCUUAAUUUCUUACACCUGAUUUGUCACUCGUGACUGUACGUAGACUGCCAUUCUCAUCAGCGGCCAUCAGGUUGACGUCUGUGAUUCUUUUGUUUGUUGUUGUUUUGAUUGUUUUGAAACUGGAGCAUGCACUUAUUUUCAGAAACUUAGAGAGUUGCCCCUAGGACAAGACUUACCAAAGGUAAUACUCGUGAGUAGGUGGCAGAUGUAGCAAAACCUUCACAAUUCAGCAAUCAUUAGUUGGGGUCAUUUAGAAUAAGGAUAACCCUAAUGAAAAUAAGCCUUUAGUUGCUCUGUAUUUUGACUUGUAAGGAUACCUCAUAAGCUGGAUCUUUAUUUUCCCUUCAUGUUUGAUUUUUGUUUUGCUGAGGAUUUUGGUUAGAUCUUUUAGUGUUAUGUAAAUUUAUGCUGCAAUAGCUUUUGCUGCUAUUAAAAUGGUAUUAUUAAUACCAUAAUACUCUAUUCAGGCUAAGGUAUCAAUUAAAACAAAAACAAAAACCCAACAACACACUCUUAUGAUUUAGGGAUAGAGAGUCAGCUGCCGAAAGAAGAUCAGAAUAGACUUCAGAAAGCGUCAAUGGAAGGUCACUACUUCUGACUGCAUGUUUACUUAAUCAGGUUGCUGCAUGCAAUAAAUUUUAUAUCCAAUGUCUAGUAUAAAAACCUUCCCACAAUGCACAAAUUAAGAAUCUAUAUAAGCUAUAAAAUACUCAUUUUUUAAAACAAGAUUUUUUUCAUUCAAAGAAUUGGUAAUCGAUCGGAGGAAGGCAUGCCUCAAUAAAUGGAAUGCUUCUGAAUAGGAGGAGCCCAUAACAGAAUGACCUAUAUUACAACCAAUAUAAAACCUAGGUGUAGGAUAUUCUUAAAGCAAAUUUGUGGAUGGUAGAUGAAGUACUUUGCGGUGCUCUGUUAUAUAUUGUGCAAUUUAUUUUAUAUAGUAAAGUGAUUAUGUCUAACUGUGAUCAAACUUAACUGUUUAAAGCCUCUGUGUCAGACAUUAACGAACUUGACAGUUCAUAACUGGUAUAAUAUUAAGUAACACAUGAGCUCUUAGUUACAAUCUCCUAGUGCUUGCACCAUUUUACAUAGCUUCAGACCUUGUCCAGAAAACCAAAGAGCUCAUCUUAGCUUACAAACACUAAGAAUAUAUACAGUAUCUAGAGAUAAGUUGUCAGAUUGACAAACUAGGCACAUCUUUAAGAGAGUUGUGUGAUGGUGAUGCUAAAGAAAUGUCUGUAUAAAAUAAGAUGGCCUGGGCAGAGUUGGUUGUCUGGGUGAGAAAUUAACUACUUAAUUCCCUGGAUUUAUCCUGUAAAGCUUGAAUAGAAUUAAGACCUGCUAGUACUACCGUGGACAUUUUUUUAGCAUUCACUCUUGGGCUGCAGAUAGUAAUAUAUAAACACAUACAAUGAUCGCGAGACUAUGUAAAUCUUUUCUUAAAUCUUCUUCCUGUUUUGGAAUUCUGGGGACAAUCUGACUGGAUGUGACACUGCAGAAUAGACUUAAGUCGCUGUUUUAUGUGCUGUGAUGUCCUUGUAUUGUCUUGAAUUAGUAUUGCUUGUUUUUUUUUUUUUUUUUCUCCAGUGUUUAGUUGCAAUUACUGGCUCUCAAGCUAUAGUUUGUUUUCAAAAAGGAAAAACAAAAUAGUUUUUUACUGGAUUAAAAAUGCUUAUUAGAAUCCUCCCCAAUUGAGGUGACCUCUGGGCUUUUUGGUAAUAAUUGCUUUUUUCCAGCCCAGGUGUGGGUUUGUUUGUUCGUUUGUUUUUUUCUAUGUUUGUGGUUUGGUUUGGUUUUUCAUCUGUAUAAGAAAUUUUGUUAUGCACUACUACUUUUUGUAUUCUAGACAGUUUUCAAAAGUUGGCUGAAGAUUUUUUUGUUUGUUUGUUUUUAAGGAAAAAGGCAUGCUUUCUGACUGACAUGAUCUUUUGCAAUACCUCAAUUUUGAAAUAUAGGAAAGAAAAUGAUAUUUUCUAAGUAAGUUUAUUCAGAAAAAUAUAUAUUAAUUUAAUUCUGCAAGAAAAUGAUUUAACAGAUGGGUAACUUUAUUUUUUUCAUGCUUAUUUGUGUUUUUUGAAAAUGAAGAAGUUAGAGCUUUAUAACUAUAAUAUUAAAGAUCAUAUCUAACCUACAGAAAUCUACCUAAUUAUGUGAAAGAAGCAAAACUUUUUGAAGAAGCACCCCUCUUUCAUGUACUAAAAUAACACUGAGAUUAAAAAAACACAAAGCUGGAGGAUUGUACAGCAUAAAGCUAAAGUGAAGGAAAAAAACACGUUGUUAUAAAGACUAGGUUACAAAAAUAAACUCCAUUUGGUGCUGAAAGUUGUGAAUAGAUGGUGGAAACUACUUUCCCUUAAUUUGUAUAUUUAUAAUCAAGCGUUGAUUGUGCACGACUGACCAGGAUUGUGAAAGAGUUCUUCUGUUUGUAUUUUUUUAAAGAGAACUUUUUUAGUUUAUUAAAUUAUAACAUGUUCCCUUUUGUUUUGUAAAUAAAUGUGCCCCCAAGUUCUUAAUGUUAUAUUAAAAGAGAGGGUCCUUCAAAAAAAUUAUUUUUUAAAACACAGAGGUGUUCUGACCUGCAACUUGACUGGGAAGCCCCUGGGUAACACAGGUCCUGUUGUGGCCUUUCCUUGAUGUGACACUUGAACUAGUCGAUUUUUUGAAGGCUAUAACCUAACCUCGACUAUUUGUUGUUAUGUGCAAUACUGUUUGUACUGUUUGUAUAAAAAAUAGAAAAAAAAAGAAAAGAAAAAAGGCAUAAAUCUUUAUUGCAGAUUUAUUUUCAUUGCAAACUUUAGACAUUGUGAUUCACUGAAAUCAUUUUUCUACUGUCAAAUAUGUACCUUUUCUUCAUGCUGGUAUUUUUUCAAUAGUAAUGUAGCCUUUGUACUGAGACAAAUUUUCAUUGUUAUUUUUAGAAAGAUUUUUUGCUAAGAAAAAAAUUAAACAUAUUUACAUAUUUUUCAUUUUAUUUCGUAUUUUCUUUAAGGAGUGCUUUCUCAAUCAUUAAUAGAGUUGUUUCUGGGAGGGACUUUCAUAUCUGGUCAAUGUCAUAAUAUUAUUUUGUAUUUUUACUUGGAAUAAAUUAAUUUUAUGAUGCUAAUUCUUUAAAAGUUUAUUUUUUUCAUUUUCAGUUAUUUUUGAAGCUAAAACCUUUGUAAUAUUGUUACUAAAGUGUCUAGUUUUUUGAAAUGCAAAGCUUUAUGUAUUAACUUGCUGAUGUGGUUUACAAUAGUGUGACAACGAUGAAAAUGGUUGGUUAUGUAAAGUGAUUGGAAAAAAUGUAAUGGAUAAUUGGGUAAUAAAAUGACAGAAUGAGCAGAACAUGUGAAAUUUUGACAAGCCUUUUCCUUUAUUAAAGUGAUUUAGUGUAAGACUAGGGAUGUCACAGUACAGGUCUCUAGGGAUGUCACAGUGGAUUUAUACAACACCAGGUGCAGCCAAAUCUGUGGCCCUGAAAUGAAGUCACCCCUUACUGAAAUCCCACUGGGUGUAAAACCUAGCUAGGUCAACAGAAUGUUUCAUUGCUUUCUCCCUCUAACUCUUCACUGUGUCCUGAGUGUGUGUAUAUGUGUGUGUGUGUGAGAGAGAGAUUCUGCCACCAGUUGCUGUCCGUGUAUGAGAUGGUUCCUUUCUGUCCGGAAUCCUUUACAUACAUCUACAGUGGUGACGUCUAUGAGUCAGUGGGGGUUGUUAAGGGAAUGCCACCUUCUGUGUAGCACAGGCCUGGCCCGUGCUGUCUCUUCCCUCCACACAGGGUGGCUGGAAGCACACUCAGUCGUCACCACUGUACGUGGACGUUGUGCGUGUCAGUCCGCAUCUUCCUUCACACCCCUGCCUGCUCCUGUUAUGGUGCCCCUUUGCCCUUUAUUGCGGCCACACACCGGGUCACCCCAUGCAUGAUCUGUCUGCCCUCCUGCUGCUGCUUUUCCAACACCCACCUCACCGGGAAGCUGUGCUGUUAAGACAGCACGUCGUUGCAAUGGCACCUAAAGUUAAAGCAAAACUAAAAGCAAAACAAAAAAAUAUAACUGCAAAACUGGUGUUGCGUAAACGGAACAUCCAAUGACUUGCUCUAGAUGGAUGGUGUGUUUCUACUAGUCGUUGGUAGCCUCUUCCAGCUCCGUGCCUACGGAGCAGAGGUUAAUCAAUAACUCGGAGAAACGUGUGUCCAGAGUCGGCUCUUGGGUACGCUCUGUGUAUUCAGUUUUGUAAAUAAUAUAUAGAUUAGAUCAAGUUGUGAUGUAAAAUUUUAACUCAAAUUGGGUACUACUGGUUGGAAUUUUACAUUAACUACAAAUAAAUGAUUAGGAACAGAAGAAAAGAAAUUGGAAAACUUCUUGUUUAGUGGUAUAAAGAUUAUGCUUAGAUUUCUGCCUAUAUCUUGUGUUUUAUAGCUUGUUAGUGAGGCAUGGGCUAAUGCAGAAUGUACUGCAUUUAUGCAAUUAGCAAAUAUCUGCUAGUUUUCAUUUUAUCUAUUAUAUUAGCAACAAAAUGGUAUUUAACUGGGUAAAGCUCCUACCUAAAUAUUUGAGUAUUGUGACAUCUCUACUUGCAAGGUUUGAAUGAAAGAUUAGUCACAGAUUAGUGAAAAAAGUAUCUUUUGUUACAACUGGAGUAUUUGUAUGGAUUGUUGCUUUUUCACUAAUUUGUAUGGUAUGACAGCUAAUAUUUCUUUUUUUCUUUUUUCUUUUAUUAUAACCAAACUUCUCUAUCUCAGCUGCAAUAGUGUUCCAUCUUACCACAGAGUAUUUUAUAAUUAAUGCUGUUGACUUUACUCUAUACCCCAAAAUGGGUCAAGAAUGGAUCUGUGAUUCAGGGAUGUUUAAAUUUGUAUGAUGAAGUUAAUUGCAACAAGUAGAAAACUUGGGUGCUAAAAACAGGAUAACUUCUCUUUUUCUUUCCUGGAUAUAGUUCUGUUGGGGUAUAAAGUAUUAGGUAUUUGUAUUUUUGCUGUCAAAAUAAUGGACAUAACUUUUAGAGUGUUCACAGCUAAGAUCUCUGUAUUUGUUUUUCAACUAACUAAUUUUAAAUGUAUUGUAUCUUUUAUUACCUGUUCUCUUAGAUUGUUUUUUGCUAGUAACCCUUACUCAGCUUCUGCCUUUGGGGCUUGGACUAAUAUUGCUUGUAUGGAACUACAGUACUGUGACUAAACAUGGAGCUCAAUGCAGCUAUUGCUUACAACUGCUUAAACUUUGUAGUUUGGACUUCUUUUUUUUCUGUAAUAACAACUUAUUAAAUCUAGUUGUAUGAAGUA